AUGGAAAAGGUCAAGGAAGCAGUCAACAAGGCUACCUCAAGCUCCGACAGCGAGAAGCAAUUCAGCACGCAGCCCAUCCAGCACGGAAUUGACCCCAAGAUGGCUCCGCACCAAGCUCAGCCGGGCCCAGCCUUGGCUAAGGAAAUGCCCAGCGAGGAGGGCAGCAAGGCGGAGCGCGAGGCGAGAAAGGAGGAGCUGAACCAAUAG